UAUGAAAGUAGUCAUACACAUUUUUAUUUUGAGACAUUUUUUUUUACCGAUUCUAUGCUACCGCUCAAGAAUUAUUAGUCAGUAUUGUAUUUAUGGAAAUAGUACUGCAAUACAGCUGAAAUUAAAUGUAUGAUCUUUUUUCUUAAAUUUUUUUACCCGAAUUUACCACUAAGCAGCAGAACAAACCGAGUAACAAUAAAACACAUAUUUUGUUAGCUUUUAAUUAAAACGAGAAGUUUAGGAACAAAUUCUCGAAUUUUAGAUUUCUAUUCAUUAAUCGAUUAGUAUUACAGAGAUUGUUUUAGCUUCCGGAAUACAUAAGAUGAACUUCUGGAAGAUAAAUUUUUUUAGAUGUCCUGAUUUUUAGAAAUUUUCUGUAGAAUUCCUUAGAGAAGAUUUCUUCAAUAGUAACCCAUACAAUUAUUUUGUUCAAGGCUUGAGCAACCUUUGGUCUCAAGUUCGAUAGACGUUAAUGUCUUUUCCUACCUGUGUCUUGCUGCAGACACUUGUGGCCAGAUUUCAAUAGCAAGUCUAGUGCGUCUUACACAAGAAAUUCCUGCCAGAUUAUCUCAAUUCUGGAGGAAGACUAUAGUUGCGCAUGGCUUGCUCAAGAUCUGCUCAAAAGUCAAAAUCAACCUUGAGUCUUAAGCAGAUCUUGAACAAGCCAUGCGUGAGUACCUGCCGUAAGUUACUGAUGCAAGAAAUGCGCCAGAAACUUUUCAGCUGCACUGUAUCUUCAAUAUUCUUGUGUACAAUGCCUUGAGCAAGUCAUGCACAAGUCUUGAUGAUUUCUUGCUACAUGAUCUUGCGACCCAUACGUGGAAAAAGACACUAGUGACCAGGGAUUUUGCUCAAAGCCUGGCACCAGAAUCUUGCUCAAGCAUGUGUUAGACGAAGGAUUUUUUCGAUACCAACCAAAUCUUCAAACAUGGAUUCCCAAAAAUUCGAAAGCGGAAGUGGAAGCGGAGAUCACGAAAUGAGUCAUUUGGACGACGGUACAGAUACUUUAGCUAAAAAACGAAAAACUCGUCGCGGCAAACCGAAACAUCGAAAAAUUAAACCUUACAGAAAACAAGAAUCUUACAACCACAAGUUACGAGUUCGGUCCAAUUCCAGUCGAGUAAUAAAAAAACGUACUCAGCCACCAGCUCCUUAUAAUACUACCCAAUUUCUGAUGGAAGACCACAGCGAUCUACCAAAUUUAGAACAAAAAUUGGCAGGUACCAACACCGAAGUUCCAAAAAUUAUUCAAAAGCCCUUAGUAUCAAGAACAAGAGAUUCCAGUUUUAGCAUCGAUUCAGACGAAGAUUAUUUCUACUCAUCUCCAGAAGAUGAGGAAGAGUUUCUAACAAAAGAAUUUUCCAGCGCAUAUGAGGAUCUCCAUGCAGAAAGACUGAGUGCUUUGUCCAAAUCUGAACUGAUUCAAGAAUACAUCCAACUUGAAGCAAAGCUUGAUAUUCUUACCAAGCGAUUACGAAGCAGAAAUUUCCAGCAAACUGAAGAAAAAGAACUAGACAACAAAAUCAGUACUACCUUAGCAGCAGAUUCAUCAGAAUUCGAAAUGGCGAAGAAACUGAAAAUAUGCCAGCAAAGAAUAGACGACUUGAUACAACAGAAUGAUCAGUUGAGAAGAGACCUAGAAACGCUGAGAGGAAAGCGGAGACAAAGUUCCAUUUCGAGUGUUGAUAGCGAAAGCGACAGUGAUAGCAGUGGCAGUUGCAGUUGCUCAGAAAGUAACGGCUCUACUCAUUAUCAAUCUGCAAGGCAUAAUGUUGAUCAUAAAACCAGCGGUAAAUCAGCGAAAAGUGGCGACAACACUGAAGCCAUUAAUAUUUCUUCUUCAAGUCCUACCAAAUUUUUAAAAAGUAUUUCCAAGGAACUAACUAUCAAUUCCAACACAACCACUCCAAAUGCUGGUGUGCUGCCAACUUAAAAAUAUAUAUCACAUUUAAAUUUUUCUUUUAUUAAGUGUGUUUUAUUUUCAUUACAACAUUAUUAACUUAAGUUUUUGUUAAAGUAGACAUUUUUAGAUCUUUGAUUUGAAAAAUUUGUUUAGUUUUUUUAUUUAUUCAAUUUUCGUUUUGUCAAAUACGAAUCAGAAAUCUGUUUACAAAAAUAAAAUGUUUCAUUUGUGAAUUAUCAAAUAUUUCACGAUAAACAAUAAUUCCAACAAGAAAACAUUCUAUCAACAAAAGCGUAAGAAAUAUCGCAGAGGAAUUAAUAAAUAUAACUAAAAUAUUGUGUAAAUCAAUUUUUAUCAUUAGAAAAAAUUAUAUUUUUAAAUGCAGUGCAUUAAAAACAAGAGUAUUAUUAUAAAUACUAUUGGUAUAAAGAAUGUUAUGUAGCGCUAUAAGUCACGAGAAUUUUGUUAAUUAUACGAUUGUACAGAAAUUAGAUAAUAAGAAUUCGCUGUGAGCUUAUGAUCUAAAAUUAUAAUGCUAUAUUUAAACAUCAUGUUACUGUAAAAUUUCAUUUGUAAAAUAUUUAUUCAGUUUAUAGUUUCUUUGAUUCUUGUUUCGAGCUAAUCCCGGCAUAUUCAUCAUUAACUUAGUAAAAAAUAUUGUGUUAAAAACGGCCCGUGUUUAAUUUUUUGUGUUAAAUCAACACAUUUUACUGUUACUUAAAAAUUUCAAAUCGAUUUACUAUUUAACACAUUAAAAGUGUUACUCAGUACAAAAAUUGUAACUAUCAACAUUUAUUAAGUGUUAAUUUAAAAUUAACACAAAAUUUAUCUUAAAAAGUCAAGCGAUAGUCGAGGAAGAAUUAUUAGAAAAAUAAAAGUGAAAUCGACAUUUUAUAAAUGUCUAACUUAAAAAUUUUAAUUAUUAAUAUGUUAAAUUUACCAUUUACUAAAAGCUGGAAUUUUUAUCAUACGAAUAAAAAAGAUUUAGUAGCAAUUUCGAAUUAUUUCAUGGAAUGUUAAAAUUAUUUUUUCGCUAAAUAAAAAUGUGUUUGUUUUUUUAAAAGAAAUUAAUUGAUUAGCUAUAUUUACAACUGCUAUGAAAUAUUACGUGAUUUUUUAAAAUUUUGACUCUAAUAAAAAUAUUGUUUACUGUCAAAAAAUAAAUGAAUGUUAAAUGAGAAUUGUUGUCACUAUUGAUGACCACAAAAUAAUAUUUAAAUUAUAUUUACUGAGUAUCCAUGAUACACAAAUAAAAUGUGAAAGUUAACAUUUUUUUUUGUCGACACUAACAUUUAAAAAGUGCUGAAUUCACUUCUCGUAUUACUCCAUUUUUAACACAGAUUGUAUCGAUUUUAACACAAUAUUUUUUACUGUGUAUCCUGUACCAAGUAGAUGCUUCACGGAGAAAAUGUCAUUGUAAUCUACUGUUAAAUAAUUGUUUUAUGAUGGUACAUCAUAACUCUUAAAAAAUCCUGUUGUAUUAAAUUUUGUUAAAAAAUUACACUCUAAAAAUCAUAAAAAUGAAAAUAACAGUCAAAAAACUAUAUUUAUUCCUGUAUGUCUUCUUUAUAUUUGCUUUUUAAUAAAAUAAUUAUUACAGA